CUUGCCAAAAUGGAUAUCUCACUACUAGGUCUCUACCUGCUUUUUGUCUCCGUUCUAUUCCUCUUAUUGGUGCCCACGGCUGAGUCUACCAUUCUUCUGUGGGCCUGUCUAUAUCGGCUGGAAAUCUGUCCCUUUAGGACCACCACAACAGGCUCUGGCUAAUAAUCGGAAUAAAAACAUCUUAAUUUUAUUGCUGGUGAACAUAGAUGGGCCAAUUUUCCUAAAUCAAAACUAAGAAAGCCAAUAAUAAAUAGAAAAACCCCCCUAGAAUUGCAAUUCA